AUGGCACGAUUCCAAAUCAUGUCCGAUUUGCAUUUGGAAGCACCAUCUACAUAUGAUGUCUUCUCCAUCACCCCAAAAUCUUCCUGUCUAGCCCUCCUUGGCGAUGUUGGAAACAUCAAAGACAAAGGAUUCUUUCAAUUCCUCGAAGCGCAGCUCAAACGGUUUGAGCACGUUUUCUUCCUGCUCGGCAACCACGAACCGUAUCACUCCACCUGGGCAAAAGUCAAGGCGCAGCUCCAGGACUUCUCGAACAAGAUCGAUCAACGUCGCUCAGCCAAGAAGGGGGACGAUGGCCGACUGGGCAAGCUGAUCUUCCUCGACCAGACCCGGUACGACCUGUCCUCCGAGAUCACGAUCCUGGGCUGCACGCUGUACUCGCAGGUGCUCUCGUCGCAACACGACCGCGUGAGCUUCGGCCUCAACGACUUCUACCACAUCGAGGACUGGACCGUGGAGCAGCACUGUGCUGCGCACCAGGCGGACCUGGAGUGGCUCAAUGCCCAGGUGGCCGAGAUCUCGGCGCGCGAACCGAAUCGCAAGAUCGUCGUCUUCACCCACCACAGCCCGAGCACCGCCGAGGGCACCUCUGACGCGGCGCACAAGUCCAGCCCCAUCUCUUCCGGCUUCUCCACCGACCUGUCCAAGGAGGAAUGCUGGGUCAACCAGAGUGUGAAGCUCUGGGCGUUUGGCCACACGCACUUCAACUGCGACUUCGAGGACCCGGAGACCAAGAAGAGACUGGUCAGCAACCAGCGCGGCUACUACUUUGCCCAAGCAACCGCGUUCGAUCCGGACCGGGUCUAUGAGGUGAAACAGGGUGCAACUGAAGCAUGGAUUCCCUACAUCGCAUUGCCCUGGCCUUGA